UGUAAGCGAAUACCUUCGCCUACUGUGACCAUCUUGACAACGGAUCUCGUGCGUGACCGAGUUACACACGACAGCUUGCACCAGUUGCGAUGCAGCACCACUUUGCAUUUCGCUCGAGAGUACGCAUGCUCGCAGCAUCCAAGCUCAUCUCGACCCUUGUCGCCGGCCUUACGGCCUCGGUGCUGGCGUCGCCCCAGCCGUUCCAGAUUGGGUAUCCCGUCCCGCUGAGCCUUCGCGGGGACCACAGCGGCCCCUUCAACCACACCAUCCAUCGCGAUGGUGCGAGCUACCUCUCGGUGCAUUUCACGUCGAUCGCGUUGCCCGAUGCAGCGACGCUGUCGCUGGCGUGCGCCGAUGGCGCCAAGCAAGUGUCGUUCACGGGCGCCCGGUCCGAGUUUUACACCGAGUCGUUUCCGUGCAACAGCGUCGACGUCAUCUACUCUGCGCCGACAUACGACAGCAGCAACCACGCGCCGGUGUUUGAAGUCGACCAGGUGAUCCACGGCAGCGCGCAGUCGAACGGGAUGCUCGAGACCAUCUGCAGCAUCUCGGACGAGUCCCGCCCGAGCGUGUGUUCGCAGGCGACCGAGCCCGCCAAGCUCGCCGCAAGCCGCGCGGUCGCCCGCCUCCUCAUCAACGGCCGUGUUACGUGCACGGGCUGGCUCUUUGGCUCAGAAGGGCACAUGCUCACCAACAGUCACUGUAUCAACUCCGAGUCCCGUGCCGCCAACACCCAAGUCGAGUUUGACGCGCGUUGCAGCACGUGCAAGGACCCGCAGAACAAGGUCGUCUCUGGCUGCCGCGGUACGAUCGCGGCCGUUGGCGUCAAGCUCGUCAUCUGGGACGAGCUCAACGAUUUUGCGCUCGUCAAGCUCGAUAAGCUCAAGCCCGGUGUCGACCUCUCGACGUACGGGUACCUUCGGGCGCGCGAGUCGGGGCCUGUUCUCGGUGAGCCCAUCUGGUCGGCACACCACGAAGCUGGCUGGGCGCAGCGGCUCUCGCUGACGUACGACGGCGAGGUGCCCAAAAUUGCGGACCUGGAUAAGGCCAGCUGCAUGGACAACUUUCCGAACGCGCGGGACACCGUCGGCCACUUCCUUGAUACGCUCGGCGGUUCUUCUGGCGCGCCCAUCAUGAGUACUGCGGACAACGUUGUAGUCGCGCUGCACAACUGCGGCCUCUGCGACUCGGUCGGCAACUCGAACGUUCCUCAAGGCCAAGAACCUUCUGCCGAAAGACUCUACGGUGCCUGGCACAACGGUGGCACCCGUGACACCGGCACCGACGCCGGCGCCCACGACAGCCCCGACGGUCGCUCCGACAACGGCGCCGCAACCGACGAAUGCCUCCACUCCUGCGCCGACUCCUGA